GUGGCGCGGUCGGGCCUGGGCAGAACGAAGGAAGAAAGAAAUGGGGGCUGGAGAAAAUCCCUGACGGAGUCUGCCAAUGACCGCUCGAGUUGGAAGACUGCUAGUACUACAGAGCCAUACACACACGGAGGUCUGUGCGCACUCCGCGUCCUGUUGGGAAGCUGGCGAAUGGAGGGAAGUCUUCUCCUUUCCUGACCAGGAGAAAUCAUAAGCGUGCAGGAAGGACACAAAGCUCUGAGACGACGUCGACUGCAGAAACAGCAGAGGGAGAGCGGCUGACUGUGAUUCCUUGGCGUGAUAUUAGACUCUGUGCACUGCGCUGAUAAUUAAAAGAGCUUGGAUUAGUCCCCUGCUUUCUGCUGCGCUCCUCUCCUGCAACGCCCGAGCUCUCGACGCGCUCACCUGGAAGCAAACUGCUCUCGACUGUUUGUGCUCCUCACAGCAGGACUGUCGCUCCCAACAAACCAAUUAAUCAGACCAACAGACUCCAACAUCCAUCAGACAGAUCAGGGGGGUACUGUCAGGGAAGCUACUGGCCGCAGCCUGAGCCUCUCCUGUCCUGCUCUCAGUGGACAACAACGUACUGCUAAAUCUGCUCUAUUUAGACUUUGGACCCGAGCAAAGAGCUUCUGGAACUUGCACUUGACAAGAGCGACACGGACAUUCAUACUUGCACUCCAGCGGCUGAAGGGAGACUAAGAAGAAAUCCCUGCCAAAAUGCCUCUUGCACAAAUCGCGGAACCAUGGCCCACAGUGGAGCUGGUGCAGCUGGAAACAGAGAAUGGACAGAGCACGACUGAGGACGGAGUCACAUCUGCUGUCAAGAACGAGUCUCAGAUCACCUGGAUAGAGAGGGAGUUUGCCAAUAUUAAACAUCAGGAAGAUGGAGACAUCAAGGAGAUCAACAUCACCCAUGUGGUCAAGGAGGGCUCAGAGAAAGCUGACGCCUCUCAGUUUGAGCUGCUCAAGGUUUUGGGACAGGGAUCCUUCGGCAAGGUAUUCCUUGUGCGAAAGGUGACACCUCCAGAUGCCAACCAGCUGUAUGCCAUGAAGGUCCUGAAGAAGGCCACUCUUAAAGUAAGAGACCGUGUGAGGACCAAGAUGGAAAGGAACAUCCUUGCAGACGUCAACCACCCGUUUGUUGUCAAGCUGCACUACGCAUUCCAGACUGAAGGGAAGUUGUACUUGAUCUUGGACUUUCUCCGAGGGGGGGAUCUUUUCACCAGGCUUUCUAAAGAGGUGAUGUUCACAGAAGAGGAUGUGAAGUUUUAUCUAGCAGAGCUUGCAUUAGGACUGGACCACCUCCACAGCUUAGGGAUCAUUUACAGAGACCUCAAACCUGAGAACAUUCUUCUGGAUGAGGAGGGGCAUAUCAAACUCACAGAUUUCGGCUUGUGCAAAGAAGCCAUCGAUCAUGAGAAGAAGGCUUAUUCAUUCUGUGGUACUGUAGAAUACAUGGCACCAGAGGUUGUAAACAGGCAGGGGCACAUCCACAGUGCUGACUGGUGGUCGUUUGGUGUACUUAUGUUUGAGAUGCUGACAGGAUCUCUGCCAUUUCAAGGAAAGGACCGCAAGGAAACUAUGAAUCUGAUCCUAAAGGCGCGCCUAGGAAUGCCACAGUUCCUAAGUACUGAAGCCCAGUCUCUGCUUAGGGCUUUGUUCAAGAGGAACCCUGCCAACAGACUGGGAUCAGGUGCUGAUGGUGCAGAGGAGAUAAAGCGACAUGGUUUCUUCUCCACUAUAGACUGGAAUAAACUCUUCCGGAAAGAGAUGAAGCCUCCAUUCAGACCGGCUGUGGCACGUCCAGACGACACCUUCUACUUUGACUCAGAGUUCACUUCCCGUACACCCAAAGACUCCCCUGGUGUGCCUCCCAGUGCUGGAGCUCAUCAGCUGUUCAGAGGCUUCAGCUUUGUUGCAUCAACUCUGUUGGAGGAGGAAGGUUUUGCAGAGCCACCGCAGCCCCCGCCCCACCCAGUGGUCCAGCAGCUGCACGGGAAAAACCUUCUGUUCAGUGACGGGUACAUCCUCAAGGAGGACAUUGGCAUGGGCUCCUUCUCCGUCUGUAAGCGAUGCGUCCACAAAGCCACCAACACCGAGUACGCUGUCAAGGUGAUUGACAAGACCAGCACAGAUCCCUCGGAGGAAAUAGAGAUUCUGCUCAGAUAUGGACAGCACCCCAACAUCAUAACUCUGAAGGAUGUGUAUGACAACGGGAAGCAGGUGUUCAUGGUAACGGAGCUGAUGCGCGGAGGAGAGCUGCUUGAUCGGAUCCUGAAGCAGAAGUUCUUUUCAGAGCGAGAGGCCAGUGCCGUGCUUCACACCAUCACAAAGACUGUGGAGUACCUCCACUCACAGGGGGUUGUGCACAGAGACCUAAAGCCCAGCAACAUCCUCUACGUUGAUGAAUCAGGAAAUCCCGAGUCCAUCAGGAUCUGCGACUUUGGCUUUGCAAAGCAGCUGCGGGCCAACAAUGGUCUGCUGAUGACCCCGUGCUACACUGCAAACUUUGUAGCUCCUGAGGUGUUGAAGCGUCAAGGCUAUGAUGAAGGAUGUGACAUCUGGAGUCUGGGAGUCUUACUGUACACCAUGCUGGCUGGUUUUACUCCUUUUGCCAAUGGGCCUGAGGACACCCCUAAUGAGAUCCUCAACAGGAUAGGAAACGGUCACUUCAGUCUGGCUGGAGGAAACUGGGACACUGUGUCUGAUGUUGCCAAGGACCUUGUGUCCAAGAUGCUUCAUGUGGACCCCCAUCAGAGACUGACUGCUAAGCAGGUCCUCAGACACCCCUGGAUUGUCCAGAGGGACAAACUACCCAACAGCCAGCUCCCUCACCAGGACCCCAAACUGGUCAAGGGUGCAAUGGCAGCCACCUACUCCGCCCUCAAGAAUUCCCAGCCAACUCCAGAGCUCAAACCCAUCGACAGUUCUUUCCUCGCCCAGCGUCGCGUCAAGAAGCUGCCCUCCACCUCUCUGUAGCCACUUAAAAAGAAAAUACACAGCCAUCCCGCUGAAUGGAGCUCGAUCUAAUAACCACGACUUUCCGGCUCCAAACCAACCCAGUCAGCUUGCUCUGGGACGUAGCGUCCAGCCUCCAAAACCAGCCAAGGAACACUGACUGUGGUCCUGCCCUCGUCUUGUGACAUCACGUUAUCCUGCUCUCACUGUCGUCCUCUCAGUGUGGGUUCGCCGGCUGCUGUGAGCAGCAAAAGAUCACAAUGGUGGAUGAGAGAGAUGAGGACACGGUAGAAGGAUGAUUGGGGUUGGGACAUUUAACAGCGGGAGAUGCAAAAUUUUGGGAAUGAUGUGCGAUUGCAAGACCAGCAACAGAAAUGAUGCAGCCGUGUUUUUGUUAGUGACUAUGAAAGUUUUCUCUCCUGAUCAUUGCUGUAAUUAGUUCCUGCUGCACGCUUGUCUGUCGGCCUGUUCAGUUGUCUGUGUUUCUUCUUCUUUCUUUUUUUUUUUUUUUUUUGAAGCUUUAUAUUCCUGGUUGUGCUACCAAAUUGAUGUGUGCCGACAGCACAAAGCCACAGUAUUGUCCAACUGCUGUAAAAUGUUUUUCAAAGAGCAGAAUUAAGAUGGUUAUUAAAGAUUUUUUUGGACUCUGGUACAAGCAGAACAUUGUGGAUUCUGGGAAAUGCUGUUUUGGGCUGAUGUCAAUCUAAACAUGUUUGGUUUUACAGACCAUGUGUGAGUGAGUGCGAGUUGCAUGACUUGCAGUGUGUGUCAGUUCUGUCUGCAGAGUCAUGUGCAUGGUGACGUGAAGAUGUCAUGUGGCUUCUUUGUUUUGCUGCUUUUCUCUUUCUCUGCUUGAUUAAAAAAAAGAUGUCUACUAUUUUUAUGACUAUAAAACUAGUGAAAUAGUUGGCUUUCUGUGAAAGAAAAUCUGCCCAAGGAACAAUGUGGCAUGUUAAAAUCUCUUCAAUGCUUUAGUUUCUUGUUUAUUACAUUGUUUCUUGGAUUAUGCAUAUUGAAAGCUGUUUAUUGUGUUGGCUGCUUUUGUUGUUGGUUGUAUUAUUUUUCUUUUUGUCUUAAGAAACGGAUUAUCUAAAAUAAAAAGUGAAAGACAUGCUGAGCAGAUCGUAGCCUGAGGAUGUGUUGGCCUGCAGGUCUCUUCUUACGCUGUAAGAAUGUAAAGGGACACACUUACUGCUGUCCUGAUUUAACUGAGCACUCAAACACAACUGGUUGAUUACGCCGCACAGACCUUCCCUCAUCUUUUUUUCCAUUUAGCCUAUUUGAAUUUCAAUAAGUCAGGUUUUUUACACUUUAGUCACAUUGAAUCAGUAAUCUUCUCUAGAUCAUUCCUAAAUCACUUCCUGAGGUAGGUCGUGCUCUCAGCUCAGUGCCUAGUCCUGCAGGUUAGACAGUCGAGGCUAAAUCAACUAAGAACAAACUGUCUUACCUCAAAAGGGAUCUAAGUUCUAUUCUGAUUCUUGUUUGACUCAUGGCAUUAUGGGAAGAUAUUAUUGUAUGAUAAAGAUGAAGAUUUUUAUAUCUUAUAAUAUUAAAAGCUGAGUUGUUAUGACAAA